AUGAUGGCUGCUGGUGUGUAUAAGACCCUUCAGCAGUCACCCUCGCCUCACCUCAGCAAUCUUCCAGCCGAUGUGAAGACAGAAACCGGUGAAGCCAAAUCGCUAGACGUAGUGUGUAGAGGGGGAAGAACCACUGUGGCCAGUCGAAUAAGCACCGUAGAGGUGUUGCUGUCUAGCUCGAUGUCCUUCUCCGCUGCUACUUCACUGGAGAUUGAUGUCGUUGUAGCUCCGUUACCGGAACCAAUACGUACAGUCGGGUUGGCCGCCAAGACCGACGACCGAGCUGUAAAUGUUGUUGCGAGAUUCCAACCAUAUGGUUGCCGUUUUGGGUUGCCGCCGGCUGUCAUAGCGAAAUCACCACCACUUCCGCCUCUUUGUGAUUCUGCCGCCGCCAAUCGCCGCCAGGAGGGUGGUUGUGCUGUUGUUCCAAGUAGAGUGUGUGAGUGUUAUAUCUGUGAUGUAUGA